GCGGCGAGUAACGCAGACGGCGACACGUGAAGCAAAGUUGGCAACGCAACCGAAAACUACCUCAAAGCAUACACACACUCUCACAUAAAUGCCAUAAACAAACGAAAGAGCGAGACGCAGCGAAAACAAACCUGUCACAAUGACUCAGCUGAAAAUAUUGGGAAGCAGUUCGGUCAUAAAUUGCUUGAAAACAACAACAGAACGAUGCAGCUCCGUAACAGUUGCGCAGAAAUUGCAGCAGCGUCGUAAUGGCUCGACAACAACAACAAAGAAGGAGGGGAAACCGCUUAAGGAGAUGCCAACUGUAGACAAGUGGAGUUUACUUUGGAAUUUCAGGCCAGGCGGUAAAUAUAACGGUGCCGAUGUGAACGAUAUCAGCAAAAGAUUGCUUGAGGACUCCGGCAGUGAUAUUACCAUGUUGGCUGGUGUUUUCGGCAAACCGCCUGUGAUUAUUACACAGAACCCAGAUGAUUUCGAGACGAUCUUACGUCACGAUGGUGUCUGGCCUUAUCGCACGGGUUUCGAGGUCCUGAACUACUUUCGCAAUGAGUAUCGUAAGGAUUAUUUUGGCAAGGAGACGGGACUGUUGACUUCGCAGAACGAGGAUUGGGGAAAUAUGCGAUCGGCUGCAAAUCCCAUUCUCAUGCAUCCCAAGAAUGCGAAGCUUUACUUGGGUUCAUUGGAUAUGAUAAACCAGCAGUUUAUAGAGAGAAUCAAGUUAAUUCGCGAUCCCCAAACGCUUGAAGUGCCUGCUGAUUUUAAGGAUGAGAUCAGCGCCUGGACACUAGAAUCGGUGGGCAUGGUUGCACUGGAUAGUCGUCUGGGUCUUAUAGACAAUACGAAUCCCAAGGGUCGCUAUUUCUUUACAUUGCUACAACGUUUCUUCGACUUGGCCGUUGAUCUGGAAAUGAAGCCCUCAUUGUGGCGUCAGUUCAAGACCAAAAAACUAAAGGAGGUUCUCCAUGUACUAGAUGAGUCAGUGCGCAUAUUGGAUGAGUACAUCCAAGAGGCCGUAGAACGCAUCGAGAACAGGAAAGGCGAUAACCCCGAUUCAGAGAAGAGUGUAGUGGAGAAACUUUUAGAUAUCAAUCACAAAUACGCUGUGAAUAUAGCCAUGGAUAUGCUCUUUGCUGGCGUCGAUACUACGACAAGCACUUUUGCAGCUAUCCUCUUAGCCCUGGCCAAGCAUCCGGAGAAGCAGGCAAGGUUACGUGCAGAGAUACGUGGCAUUCUGCCGGAGAAGGAUACGCCACUGACGGUUGAGUCCAUGAAGAAUUUGCCGUAUUUGCGGGCCUGCAUUAAGGAGACUCUCCGCUACUAUCCACUCACAUCGGCAAAUGUGCGUACCAUACGUCAGGAACUGGUGCUUAGUGGUUUCACCGUGCCCGAGGGCUCUGAGAUUGCCAUGCUGCACUUGAAUCUGUGGAGCGAUGCCAAACACUUUUCCCAGCCGGAUGAGUUCAUUCCCGAGCGCUGGCUGCGCGAUAAUCAAACGGAAUCCUCCGGUUGUCCAGCGGCCACCAAAACAAGUCAUCCAUUUGCCUAUUUGCCCUUUGGCUUUGGAUCACGCAGUUGCAUUGGACGUCGCAUUGCCGAAAUGGAGCUGGAAAUCGGUGUUGCACGUAUGCUAAGAAACUUUCAAUUGGAAUUCAAUCAUCCAGUUGAUAAACCCUUCACUGCCUAUCAAAUUUCCACGCCUCGUAUUCCGUUGCAAUUUAAAUUCACUGAUUUGAAGGAUUAAAUAUAUACAGUAUUUAUAUAUAUAUGUUUAACAUUUUUAAUUCCGGAGGCUUAUAUAGUAAAUAUACAGUAUUUUGUCUUGGAAAACUUCCCUUUCUUUUUGAAUGUAAAUAACUUUUUAUAAUGCGAGAAAGUGAGCUUUUGUUUUACAUUUGAAAUCACUUUGAAAAUGAUUGUUAAAGUAUUGUUUACAUAAUUAUUAUAAUGCAAAUUUGCAAACUGAACUAAAUGUAAUUUAUUCAAAUGCCAAGCAAAUGCGAAUGAAUAAAUUGAAACUUCCUGCACUAAUUUC